AUGGCAUCUACAUCUCUGAACUCAUUACCUGAUGGCAUCGACCCCUCUUAUGGAGGGCUGAAGCUUACUAUCUUCACUUGCAUCCUAUUGGUUGUCGUGUCUCUUUGUGUCUCUCUUCGAUUUUAUACUCGACGGUUAGUAAAAGCACCUUGGGCAUUGGAUGAUGUCUUGGUAUUUGCAGCUCUUGUAUUUCAAACUGCCUUGGCUGCUAUAUUGUUCGACGCAUUGAGAACUGCUGGAUUGGGUUACCAUACAUCCUAUCUCGAAUUUACGGCUCCUUGGAAGGUGCAAAGAUGGGGAAAGGAACUUUUUGCUGGGACGGUAGUGUAUCUACUUUGCGCUACAGCCCCAAAAUACGCAAUUUUGCUCCUAUAUAAACGCCUGUUUAUCAUAAAUAAGGUUCGGAUAUGUGUUUAUGCGUUGAUGGCAACGUUGGUUGUUUACACGAUAGUGAUGAUUGUAGUGGCACUUGCAGCCUGCAGGCCAUUUGCGGCAAACUUCGACCCUACAAUACCUGGCGCUAAAUGUAUCAACAAGGAGGAUUUGUACCGAUGGGGUCCAAUCGUAAAUAUUGCCACUGAUAUUGCCAUGCUUAUACUACCGAUGCCUAUAAUAUGGAACUUGCACACCACCCGUCGCUUGAAAUUGGGAUUGACUCUCACAUUCCUGACGGGGAGUCUGGGCCUCAUCAUCUCGAUCAUACGUAUUCCGAUAUUCUUCCAAGCAAACUCAUUCACAGAUGGAACAUACACCGGCGCGGAGUUAAUGAUAUGGACUCAACUAGAGACGGCGUGCUAUUUGAUUUCCGCGUGCCUAAUGACACUACGCCCAUUACUUGAGAAAGUUGGACAUUCAAGAAUUGUACAAACAAUCAAAGGCAGCCGACCUGGAGAAGCUGCACGUGGAGUCUUCAAUUCACCCAAGCCUAGCGAUGGCAGGAGCGGAGAAAACAAAGCGUUUGAUCUAAAGUUACAAUCCCUGCAACCAUCCCAUCAGGUUAGGAUCCAUGCUCAAGGAUUUCAUCGUCUGAACAACAGUGCGGUGGAUAUUGAAAGCAACGAGAUACUGGUUCGAACCGACGUAAUGCAGAGAGAUGAAAGUACGCAUGGAUCUAUAACACAGAGUUCAUUCAAUGGCUGA